AUUAUCUAUAUUCUCAUAAUCAGUCUACAAUCAUUUCAUAUCAGCUGUUUCAAUUUCAAAUUUUAAAGUAAAUAUGAACAACACGGUAUCUCCAAAUGUAAUUGAAUUGAUGAACAUUUUGAAUUUGUACUAUUUCUAAGUGCUUCAUAGCUUGGUCAAUCAUAACGUUUGUAAAAAUUAAUUAUUGAAUCAUUUAUAACAAAAGGCGUAUUUAAAAUAGCGACUAGCGACAAGUUCAAACAUGUUUUUAUACUCAUCACAAUAUGUACUCGAAAUGUAAAAUUGUAUGACAAAGUAAACAUGGCUUCACUGGACUGCACAUCUCAUACAAAACCUCAGUUUUCUGUCCGUAUUGUAGUUUGCGAUCACUAUUUAACAAAACCGGUACCUGGAGUGGAUGUGAUUUAUUCAGAAUUUAGAGGAAGUGAUAUAAAACAGGUACCAGUGUUGAGAAUAUUUGGACCAACACCGGAUGGUUAUAAGGCAUGCCUUCAUAUCCAUGGAGUGUUCCCCUACUUUUAUAUUCCAUGUCCAACACCAAACCCAGCACCACAGUUUUUGUACCAAAUUGCAGCAAGUUUAGACAAGGCAUUAAAUAUAGCUCUGAAACAGGCAUCCUCUGCAAAUCAACAUGUCUACAAAAUAACUUUAGUAAAAGGACUCCCUUUUUACGGUUUUCAUGACAAAGAACAUUUGUAUUUGAAAGUUUUUUUAUACAAUCCGGUACUGAUAAGGCAAGCUGUUGAAUUAUGCAGUAAUGGAGCUAUCUUGGGACAAACUCUCCAACCACAUGAAUCUCAUCUAAACUUCACAUUACAAUUCUUCAUAGAUUUUAACCUCUUUGGAAUGAGUUAUAUAGACAUACAAAAUGUUUUAUUUCGUAAAUCAAACUUAUCUCAAAACAGCAAUGAUCCAAUAGAAAGUCCUAAUGAAUUUGGACUGAAGCCUGAAAGCACUUGUUUUUUUGAAGCAGACUGUGUUGCAUCAAGUAUAAUUAAUAGACAAAGAAUAGGUAAAGGAGAUGGUGUUGAAAAUCCAGGUCUGGAAGAAGUAUGGCAUCAGGAAAUGGAAAGACGAAAGCAGUUAAAUGUAUCCUUAGCAUCAAAAUCAUUGUCACAAGGAAGAAUGCAAUCAGAGGAAACAGAAUCACAUUACAAAUUUGAUCAAAUUAUUAAAGUUAAACUUUCUAAUUUGAUUGAAAAACCUGUAGUGACCAGCAAUGAAAUAUCUAAGAUACAAAUAGAACCAAUAUGUUACCCGGCUGAAAGCAUGGAGGGUUCAUUAGUGUUCAAAGCAGUUGAUGUCAGUGUUCAUUUACCUAAUAGUUCAACAAGCAUGAGUUUUAAUGAAACUUCUAGAAAUUUAGAGGCUACAUUUACGGAGGAGUGUGAUGACACUCUUGUGGAUGAAAAUAUUGCCUUGAAUACAAGCCUUUCGUUACAUUAUAGUCAAGUUUUGUUAAACAGUGAAGAUUUAGAUCUUGUAGACAUGUUAGGUGAUAUGGAUGAAAAACCUAUAGAAGAUGAUAGCAUUAUGGGAACACCAGCAAACAUAGACAAUGAAGGUGACAUUGAAUCAGACAAUGCUGAAUAUUCACAAAUAUUUGAUGAAGAGACAAUAUUGUUGGACAAUCAAGAGAGUAAAGGUGAAAAAGAAAAUAGUUUUGCACCAAGUUGGAAUGAUUCAUUUUGGGAGGGAGUUAAUAUACCACAGUUAGAUGGAACCUGUGAUGAUGACCACGUUAAGAAAGUCAGAAAAAGAAGGAUAAGGUUAAAAUUGGGGUUGUCUAAACCCAAAAAUAAGAAAAAUGAAACCAUUAUACACCAUAAUGGAAGUAAUGAAAAUUCUCAUUUAAAUAUUAGUCAAGUUGAUGAGAUAGACACUUCAAGAGAAGAAAUCAACAUAACUGGUUCACAUUUAAGAAAAGAUAUAAAAGUAGAGCCGCAUUCUGUUCUUGAUACUUCUAAAAUAAUAGACCAAGAUGUAGAAAUGCCUGAAAUAAGCAAUAAAACUGUUACUGACUUAGUUAAUACAAAUUAAAAGGAAUCAAUAAAAAGUAAUUCUAAACCAACUAUAGCUGAAAAUUAUGAUACUGAGAAGAAAUACGAGCCUAUUGCAGGCCCAUCAACGAGUGAUUUUAAAAACGAAACUAGUCGGAUACCUGACACAUCCAUGAAUGAUUCGCAGUCAUCUUUCGAUGGUAAUAAAUUAGGUAUUAUGAGCUUUUAUGAUUCGUCCAAAAUAUUUAAUAAUUCGUUAGAAUUUAAUGCCGAUGAAUAUAUAAGUACAUGUGAGAGAGAUAUUAAUAUAGAAAAAUCAAUAAAUGCAAGAAACAUAGACAUCAACGCAAAGUUUUAUGACGUAAACAAAAUCAAAAGGGAGAAUGACACAGUGUCGCUAGAUGUAAUAAAUAAAUCUAUGUCCGGCAAAAAACUGUUAACACCAUUAAUAAAACCCCCUACCAAAAGUGACGUUAUUUCUACUUUAAAAGAAUAUAAAAUUUCAAAGAUGAGAAAUCCCAGUCCUUUUUAUUCUGAUCACAGGGAUGUGGGUGAUAAAGUAGAAAUUGGUCAAAUUCUACUAAAGGUUAUAAGUAAAUUGUCUCGAGAUCAGAAACCAUUCGAAAAAGUUUUGCAUACUACUAGUAUAGAAGAGUGGCGGCAGUUAUUAUUUUUACAAACCAAUGAGAUGUCUCAAGAAGCGACGAAACCAGAAGUCCUGAAAACGUUAUUAGCCGGAAGUAGAAAGUGUGUUUUGGAACCAGUGAUUAGACCUCCAACUAGGAAAAGAGUUAAGGAAUGGUUAUUGAAAAAUGUUUCAAUCAAAUCUGAAGAAAAUCACAUAGAUCAAGAUGACAUAAAUAAAAAUAUCGACGAAUUGGAAAAUUCUCAAGCUUUGGGCUUGAAUGAAGAAGAAAUCAAUAGUAGUUUAAGUCUUGAAGCUAGUGAUAAGGUAAAACCAAACACCAAUGAUACAUUGCAAGUGACUAUGCAUCCUGAUGGAUCUUUUCUGUGCUUCGGAAAUGUUGAUAAUAAGCAAGAUACAACUAGUUCAAUCGAAUCAUCAACAGUUGAAGUAAAUUUCCUUACACUGAUGUUGGUGGAAGUACACACAUCUGUUAGAGGGGAUUAUAAUCCGGAUCCCGCAUUGGACCCCAUAAAAGCAAUAUUUUACACGGUGACAAACGACUGCCCCAAAAAUCAUUUCCUAACAAAAUCUUAUACGGAAAUUUUAGUAAUCGAUGCAACGAGUUUACCGAAAUACUUAGAUAGGUGCAUUUUCGAUUGUCACGUAACAUACGUGCCUAGCGAAAUGGAAAUCAUAGAAAAGUUAAUCGAAAUAGUUAAUAAGCAUAACCCUGAUAUUAUGUGUGGGUAUGAAAUAGAAAUGAACUCGUGGGGCUACAUUUUCGAAAGAGCCCAAGUGUUAGGUUUGGAUAUUAUAAAAGACAUAUCUCGGAUAACAGAAAAAAAUAGACAAAAACGAUGGAGAAGCGAUGAUAAAGAUUUGGAAGGGAAGAUUAUUGGACGAGUUAUAUUUAACGUGUGGCGCCUAUUCCGACAUGAAUUAGCGUUAUCAAGCUACAGUUUCGAGAACUGUAUGUACGAGAUAUUAAAAGAGAGAGUCCCUACUUACAGUUAUGCUCAAUUAUCAGAGUGGUGGAGUGAUGAGUCGAAGAUAUUUCGGUGGAUUCCCGUGGAGUAUUACCUUACGAGAUUAUCUGGCACUGUUAGAAUGUUGGAAAAAUUAGAUAUUAUAAACAGAACAUCAGAACUCGCGAGACUGUUCGGUCUUCAAUGGUGGGAGGUACUGUCCAGAGGGUCGCAGUUCCGUGUGGAAUCUUUGAUGCUUCGUGCUGCCAGACCGCUAAAUCUAGUGGCACUCUCGCCAACCGUCAAACAGAGGGCGGCUAUGCGGGCGCCUGAAUGCCUGCCCCUCAUAUUUGAACCUGAAUCAAGAUUCUACUCAGAUCCAGUUAUAGUGUUAGACUUUCAAAGCCUCUAUCCGUCAAUGAUGAUAGCUUAUAAUUAUUGUUUUUCAACUUGCAUUGGCCGAGUUCAGAACAUUGAUGGAAAUUCCGCCUACGAGUUCGGAGCUUGGCGACUACGAAUACCCCAAUCGAAAUUAGAAACUCUGGUAAAGAAGGGCUUGGUGCAUUGGUCACCGGUCGGUGUGGGCUUCGUAAAACCUUCCGUCCGUCAUGGAGUUUUGCCGGCGCUCCUGCGCAGGAUCCUCGCGGCAAGACAAGCUGUUAAGAAGAACAUGAAACUACAGACCGACGAAACAGUGAAGAAAGCAAUGCAUUCCAGGCAGUUAGGUCUGAAGUUAAUUGCGAACGUGACGUACGGCUACACGGCGGCCAACUUCAGCGGGCGCAUGCCGUGCGUCGAAGUGGGGGACAGCGUCGUCGCAAAAGGCAGGGAGACGCUGGAACGCGCCAUCAAAUUAGUACAGAACUCACAUUGGAAUGCUAAGGUAGUGUACGGAGACACUGAUUCUAUGUUCGUGUUGGUCCCGGGCGGCACGAGAGCGGAAGCCUUCGAAAUCGGCCAACAGAUAGCAGACGCCGUCACCGCCGAUAAUCCCUCGCCAGUUGCACUCAAACUGGAAAAGGUUUAUCAGCCGUGCAUUUUACAAACAAAGAAGCGUUAUGUGGGUUACAUGUACGAAAGUGCACAACAAGAAACGCCCGUGUAUGAAGCAAAGGGCAUAGAAACUGUGCGGAGAGACGGUUGUCCUGCUGGUGUGAAGUUGCUGCAGCAGUCGCUGUGCGAGUUGUUCUCCCGCGGCGACGUGUCGGCGGUGAAGCGGCGCACGCAGGCGCUGCUGGCGCGCCUGGCCGACGGCUCGCUGCCGCCCCACCAGCUGCUCUUCACGCGCGAGUACCACGGCGCCGCCGGCUACCGGUCCGGCGCCGCCGCACCGCCCAACGAAAUAGCCAAACGCAUAGCUAGCCGCGACGUGCGCGCGGUGCCCCGCGCAGGCUGGCGCGUGUCGUGGGCGGUGGCGGCGGGCGCGCCGGGCGCGGCGCUGGUGCGGCGCGCGCGCACGCCGCGCGAGCUGCUGCGCGAAAGCGCUGCGCGGCCGCACGUCGCCUACUACGCCACGCGCGUGCUGCUGCCGCCGCUGCACCGCUGCCUCUCGCUCCUCGGCGUCGAUGUCUUCAAAUGGUGGAGUGAGCUCGGGUAUUGCAAAAUUGCGCAGCAAGCUGAAUUGGUACACACGGGUGGCAUCGCGCGCUACAUGUCUCGCGAGCGGUGCGCGGUGUGUGGCGCGCGAGUGGCGGGGGCGGGGGCGGGCGCCGUAUGCGCACAAUGUGCGCACACGCAGCGCGCUGCCGCUAUGCUCAGCUCUAGGCUGGCUUCCGCCGGUGCGGAAGUCUCCUAUUGUAACAAAAUCUGCGAAUCUUGUUGUGGACAUAGUCAAGUAAUGAAAUGCGAAAAUACAGAAUGCCCCGUGUUAUGGAGACGCAUUAGUGCACGUCAGAGAUUGAACCAAACGCAAGAACUUUUAACACAUUUACCAUCUAACCAGAAUUGAAAUCAAGUCGCAAUAAAAAAUUCGGUCAUUUUGUUUGAAUACAUAUAAUAUGUGCAUACCUAACCAAAAAAUAAAUGAAAUAUGUUUAUUCAUA